UUCUAUAUUUUCUUCCACGAGUUUUUUUUUUUUCAUAGGCAGUGAAUUUUCGUGAUGGAGAGUGCAGGUGAGCCUGGGAUCAUCUCCGUGGAUGGAAAUCACUUGGAGGGAGGUGGGCAGAUUUUGAGGUUAGCAGCUGCGUUGAGCGGGUUGCUGAAGAAACCCGUGGAGGUUUUCGACAUUAGAGGUGGUCGGCCAAAGCCCGGCUUGAUGGCUCAGCAUUUAACUGGAUUGCAGCUUUCGAGUCUCAUUUGCAAUGGAACCCUUUCCGGGGCUUCGUUGGGAUCCACUCAAGUGGUUCUCACGCCGGGUCCGGUGAUGACUGCUGGGGUUUAUGACAUGGACACCGGAACCGCAGGUUCAGGUGCUAACAUGGAGGAAGAAACGAGCAUCGGCCUUCUGAUCCAAGUUUCUCUCCCUCUGCUCCUGUUCGCCUCACCUCCGGGCUCCAAAUCACGCAUGACACUCGGCGGAGGAACAAACGCGGCAUUUGCUCCACAAAUUGACUACAUGACCCACGUUUUUGCACCCGUUGCCAAGAAAUUCGGGGUCAACUUUGACAUCCGAGUGGAACGACGAGGCUAUUACCCACGCGGCGGUGGGUUGGUGUCAGUGGAGGUACCUUCGAUCCCUGUGUUGAAAUGUGUGAAUCUUACGGACAUGGGCUCGGUUUUGAGGAUCCGGGGAAUGAGCUUUGUUGCUGGUGCUUUACCCUUGAAGGCUGCCCAUGAAAUUGCGGAUUACGCCACGAGGGCUUUACGAAGACAUUUUCCGCCUGAUGUGCCAAUAGAUAUUCAUAGGUACAAAGAAGCGCCGAGGUUCGCAGUUGGAACAGGAUCUGGAAUAACUUUGUAUGCUGAGACGUCAACUGGAAUGACUUUUGGAGGAUCUUGUUUGGGGGAUCGCUCGAAAAGGAACAAUGUGAUCGGCGAAGAAGCUGCGGAAGAAUUGACGGAAGCGUUUUUGGCCAAAGCUUGCCUCGACAAAUGGGCACAAGAUCAGGUGAUAUUAUUCAUGGCUCUCGCCCGCGGAAAAUCGGUCAUUCGCUCCACAAGCCUCACUUUACACACGAAGACUGCCAUUUUUGUUGCGGAAAAAUUCACGGGGAUGGGUUUGCUACCAUCUUCGGUUGAAGUGAGCAUCGAGAUCCUGUUGGACAGAAUCGACUGUCCGGGUCUCCGGUUGCCGCACAAGGAAAUGACUUACAUGAGAAUCUAUUUGUUUGACGUGGAUGUAAGGACUGGUCAGGCUCCUCCGUAUCUUCCAAUCAUCUUCCAAGAACAGUUCAAAUUUUCAAAGAAAUUUUAUGCCAUGAAAGACUGGACGGAGUUGGAAGUGAUGCUCAGGUUCCAGGCCUUGAAUGUGGAGUUGCUUCAGCGGCAAAUUGGAGGAUACUCAAAGAUCCUUGCCUGAAUAUCAGGGUAAUGCUUGGGAUGUACUCGUGGCAUGUAACCAUGACCCUGUUGACAGUCCAGUGACCUCUGAAGGAAGGGCCAGACUUGUCAUGAAACCAACGGUCCAUAUGCCAACAACGAUUGCUCCAGAGUGCCACGUGAGGUUCAUGGUGUGCACCAUUGGAUGGACUCCACCGUGGAGGCCCUAUGGUGCAACUGUCGGGGACAAGCCGAGCAAGUCCCGAAGGCUCGGCGACUCGUUACCAAAGGUGUCUUGGAGCAGCAUGGAGAGUCUCGCAGGAAGGAACAAAAGUCGGGGCUCUGCAGGCAUGGGAGAUCAAGUUACCAGAGGAGCCAUUGUGUCUGCUGAGAUAGACGUCCUUAAAGUUUGUUGCAAAAGCAUGCGUUACCGUCCCUCCGGCAGAGUGUACAUCCAAGUGACCUACCUGGGCCAAGCCGCCUCCACGGUGCCCAAACUGCCGGUGUUCCCUUUGACCUGCGCCGAAACCCUGGUGUUCCGGGAAGUGCUGGAUGCGUCCGGAGACGAAGGCAGGUUCGGUGUGGGUGCUGCAGCAGAGCACAUGAGUAGGGCGAGGCUCAGGAUCGAGCUGAAGCAAACUGGACCCACUGAACACCCGGUUUUGGGCUAUGUGGAAGUCCGAGGCUGGCAAGUCCUCACGCCGGUCGAAGAAAACAUGUACUCGGAGAUUGAGGAAAACGUGCAGCUGAAACUUUUGGCGCUUGGGCCAUUUUUG